AUGAUGCAAGCACAGUCUUUGCAAAACUCUCUCUCUGAUAAACUGACUGCAAUGACUAUUCAGGGUAAAUUUUCUAUCAAGAAGGUGUAUCUGUGCUUAAUUCCUCAAUAUCAAAAAGUUGCAGGGAGAAGCAUUUCCCUCCAACCAAACAUGCAUCCAAGAUAUAAAUUCAUUCUAUGGUUAGUAGCUUGGAGAAGACUUGCCAUAGUUGAUAGGUUGUUGGAGUUUAACAUACAUGUGCCCAUGGAGUGUUGUUUUUGUGAUACUGUAGAUGAGACCCUUGAUCACCGUUUCUUUGCCUGUCCAGCUACUAAUGACCUGUGGUGUAGGCUGCUACACUGGCUGGGAUUACAUGAAACCAUAGGUACCUGGCAAGAAGAGUUGCAAUGGGCAUGA